AUGCUCGUCAAGACCGCCCUCGUAGCACUUGCCCUUGGCAUCACACUAGCGACUGCGGCCCCCGUUGCGGAGGCUGCAAAGGCCGGAUGGGCGCCCGCGCCUUACUACAAACGCUCGGCCGAGGCGGAGGCAGAACCUGCCAAAGCAGGAUGGGCACCACCUCCUUACUACAAGCGAGACGCGCAGCCCGAACCCAUUGCAGAACCAGCAAAGGCAGCCUCUGGACCAGCACCGUACUACAAGCGUGACGCAGAAGCAGCCAAGGCUGGCUGGGCUCCUGCACCCUACUACAAGCGAGAUGCGCAACCCGAAGCGAAUGCCGAGGCAGCCAAAGCGGCAUCUGCACCGGCGCCAUACUACAAGCGUGAUGCUGAAGCAGCCAAGGCUGGAUGGGCCCCACCGCCAUACUAUAAGCGAGACGCGCAGGCAGAGGCAGAAGCAGAAGCCGCCAAAGCAGGAUGGGCUCCCGCGCCUUACUACAAGCGUGACGCACAGCCGGAGGCAGCGAAGGCCGCUUCUGCUCCAGCACCUUACUAUAAGCGAGACGCUGCAGAUGUCGUGGCUGAGUAA